GGUAUGUGUGAUUCUCUGUUUGACGUGUAUCAAAAUGUUGAGUAUGCAAAAACGUUGUGGGAAUCUCUAGAAUCCAAGUACAUGACCGAGGAUGCUUCUAGUAAGAAAUUUCUCAUUAGUAACUUUAAUAGUUACAAAAUGGUUGAUUCCCGUCCGGUCAUGGAACAAUUUCAUGAAAUUCAACGUUUAUAUGAUCAACUUUUGAUACACAACAUGCAUGUAAAUGAAACCUUUGCGCUCGGUUCUAUAAUCGACAAAUUACCCCCUUCAUGGAAGGAAGUGAAAAAUAGCCUCAAACGCAAAAAGGAGGAUUUGUCAAUGGAGCAACUUGGUCGCCGACUUCAAAUUGAAGAAGGCAUUAAGUUGCGUGAAUGUGACAAUGGUAAAAAGAACGACCUUCCAAUUUCUUCUAUAAAUGUUAUGGAGGAGGGACAAUCAAGUGGGACUAAGAAAAAUAAAAAAGGUCCCGGGAAAUUCACCAAAGGUUCCAAGUUUAAAAAGAAGCCGAAAAAUAAGAAAGUAGGCUCUUGUUGGGAAUGUGGUGGUCCACACUUCAAGAGGGACUGCCUGAAGGUGAAGAAGAAGAAGGCCCAAUCGAACGGCCAUCCUAACGGUGGCCAAGACAACCAAGGAUGAUGAAUCUUGGUGGAUCGACACCGGAGCUACAAGGCAUGUAUGCAAAGAUAGGCAAGCCUUUAAGACUCUAAAAGAGUUGGAAGAGGGGCCGAUCUUAUACAUGGGAAAUGAUUCUACUGUGCAAAUUCGCCGAGUAGAAUUGGAAUUAACCUCCGGGAAGAAAUUAAUUCUUAAUGAUGUGUACUUUGUACCACAAAUCCGGAAAAAUCUUGUCUCCGGUGGCAUCCUAAAUAACUUUGGGUUUAAACUUAGCUUUGAAGCAAAUAAGUUUAUCUUAUCUAAGGGUGGUGUAUUUGUAGGCCAAGGUUUCUUUUGUAAUGGCAUGUUCAAACUUAGUGUUGUGAAUAAAGUAAUUAAUUCC